AAGAAAAGAGGGCUUUCCAGUUUUAACACGAAAGAUGUCACGGGGCUCACGGCAAAGUGUUUCCAUCGUCGCGACGCGCAAGCAUGAUAUGUCUUGGUGCCCCGUCCCGGCGAUACAUGUGUCGGAUCCGAAUGCCCUCGAUCCGAAUUCCCGAGUUUAAUCGGAAAAUUGGGUUUCCUCAAAAACCCAGAUUUUGGUUUUAUGAUUUGACUCACCAAUGAGAAUCGCGCCCCGGUGACGUUAUCGUCUAUCCGAUCAAAGCAGAUGCACGGCCGACGGCGUUGUUCUACACCCCUCACCCAUUUGGUGGGGACGGAAUCGUAUCCUUAUCCCCUGCCCCCCGUUUUAAUCCUCUCCUUCGCUUCCGGCGUACCAUAGCAUACCACCUAAAACCAACCCCCUGUGCCGCCCCCUUCUCUCCAACCUUCGUUUUUGCUCCACCACCGACACUCAGGUCAUCACUCUUAUCAGAGUCAACAACAGCUCAUGAAGGGUUCUAUGGAGGAUCAGGGUGCGCACGCCACCCCUAGGUCUCACAAUCGCCACCCACCUUUCCCUCACAGCAGCGGCAGUGGUGGUCGCGAAGAUUGUUGGAGUGAAGGAGCCACCGCAACCCUAAUUGAAGCUUGGGGCGACCGUUAUCUUAGGCUCAGCCGCGGCAAUCUCCGUCAGAACGACUGGAAAGAGGUGGCUGACGCUGUUAAUGGCCGUCAGGGAGGCAUCAAGCCCCGUAAAACCGAUAUACAAUGCAAGAACCGUAUCGACACCAUUAAGAAAAAAUAUAAGCUGGAGAAGUCUAAGCCUGGUUCCUCCAGAUGGCCCUUUUACUCUCGUCUCGAUAUGCUCAUCGGCACCAAUUCCAUCUCCUCCAACCCCAACAAAAAGCAUAUACCACCGCCGCUGCCGCUACCUCCCCCACCAUCGUUUCUUAAGUCUCCGUCGGUCUCCUUCACCAUCAAGCAUUGCAAGGCUAAGAAAAACCCUAACCCUAACCCUAACGCUAAUACUUCCGUCUAUUCCGCUGGCUCUUCGUCAAAGUCGAGGCUCAACUCCUUUGGUUCAUCUGAGAGCUCUCGUGGUGGUUUGGGCGACGAUCGAGAUGAGGAUACGUUGUUCAAUGGUGGCCUUCGGAAGCAUCGGAGGAUAGAUAGGGAUUCUUCGUCCGAUGUGGUCGGGAUUAGGGAGUUGGCCAGAGCAAUUCUUAAGUUCGGGGAGAUUUAUGUGAAGAUUGAAAGUUCUAAGCAGGAACAGAUGAUGGAGUUGGAGAGGCAGAGGAUGGAGUUCGCCAAGGAUCUUGAGUUCCAGAGGAUGCAAAUGUUUAUGGAAGCUCAGCUUGAGCUCGAGAAGAUGAAGCGCCCCAAGCAUGUGUCUACUACAGGGAAGUUGUAGUUGGAGACUGCUUGAGAUUGACCACCUUGGUAGGUGAGGAUGACAUGCUAGGUCACAUGAACUAUGUCUCUUGAGGUAGAUAUUAACCCUGAACAGUAAGUACAUAGUCUGUGAGAUAUUAUUAUCUGUAGUUUUUGAGUUAUUCGAGAUGACAUGCUUGUAUGGUGAUACUUGUAAAUGCAACUUAAUCACCAUAGGGAUCUCUUUCUUUGAUUUUGAGUGUUUUUUGGUUGCUACUUUGUGUCAAUUUGUUGAUACAUCAAAGUCAUGCAUCUAAGUAGUGAUGUUGCGGGAACAUCUGGGCCCUGAAAUUGUUUUAACUGACAGGAGUAUUAAGCUGUAUCAUGAUAACCAAAAAUCUACUCAUGGUGGUUUGCUUGGAAAUUUUUUAUCUUUCAUGUUACCUGAA